UCUCCACGUCGGAGAAACAAACGAGCGUCCGCGAACCUCACGCUGGUGGGUCGGUCUCCGUCUGUCUUCUGCAGCUGCAGCCCAGGUCAGUCAGGUGAGAGCGAGAAGCGAUGUCAACGAACCUUCGGCAGACGCCGCUGACCUGCAGCGGCCACACGCGGCCCGUCGUCCAGCUCGCCUUCAGCGGCAUCGUGGACAGCGGCUACUACGUCAUAUCAGCGUGCAAAGAUGGCAAGCCGAUGCUCCGGCAGGGCGACACUGGCGACUGGAUCGGCACCUUCGAAGGUCACAAGGGCGCCGUCUGGGGGGUGGCCCUCAACCCUGAUGCAACCCGAGCUGCUUCCGGCGCUGCAGAUUUCUCAGCCAAGGUGUGGGACGCGCUGUCCGGAGACGAGAUUCAAUCGUUCCAGCACGGACACAUAGUCAAGAGCGUCGACUUCAACGCCAACGACCCUCAUCUCUUGGCCACCGGCAGCAAUGAGAAGCUGAUCAGAAUUUACGAUCUCAACAAACCUGAAGCAGAUCCUGUUGUUUUCAGUGGUCACACCAACUCUCUGAAGCACGCCGUCUUCUUCCGAGAUGGCACAUGCCUUGUUUCUUGUGGCGACGACAAGACCCUGAGAGUCUGGGACCGAAACUCGGGUCAAGAGAUCCAAAAGCUGGACUUCAAUGCCAUUCCUAGCAGUCUGGAGGUCUCUCCAGAUGGAAAAAUCAUCACCACAACCCACGGAAAUUACGUCAGCUUUUGGGAAGCAGACACGCUGGAGAAGGUGAAGGAAGUGAAAGUGCCAACACAAGUCAAUUCUGCCUCAUUGUCGCCUGACAAGUCCAUGUUUGUAUGUGGAGGAGAAGACUUGAAAGUUUAUAAGUUUGACUACGAUUCUGGCAACGAGAUUGAGUCAUUCAAGGGCCACUUUGGACCGGUUCACUGCAUCCGGUUUGCUCCUGACGGGGAGCUGUACGCUUCGGGCUCAGAGGAUGGCACCCUGCGUCUGUGGCAAACCACAGUUGGAAAGACUUAUGGCCUCUGGAAGUGUGUGGACGGCGUUCAGGUUGCCUUGCCGGACCCGGUAGCUCCUCCACAAGCCCCCGCAGCACCUCAGGCCACUUAAACCCCCUCCAUCAUUUGCUCAUCGCAAAUAUGAGUUGCGAAGAAACAGGGUAGUUUGCCAAUCUCUGUCUGUGCUCGAGGUGCUGCCAUAGGUCGAAUUGAUGUUUGCCAGCACCUUGGACUGCAACCGCUGAACGAAAAAAUAUCGGGAUCUCGAAUGUGCGCGGCAUCUGCGGUGUGAUCUUUGUAAUGAUAAAUUCUUAUGGUGCCUCGUUUUCUACUUCACAGAUGGCCUCGUCAAGUCGCCCAUAUUCUCAUCACUUAGAGAAAUUGAAUUCAAAGUGAAAGACCAGUAGAAAUUUUUCAGUUUACUUACUCAAGACAGCUGUUUUUGCUUUAUUUUUGGUUUCUCUCACUUUCGAUUAAACAAGUCUUAUUUGUAUCAAUAUGACCAAAGUUCUUCUGUUAGCAUUUGAAUUUCGGAGAAAAGUGGCGGCAACGGAAUUGUAAAUUAAAAGCAGCAGCUUUUCAGUAUAUAAACCAGCGCAUUUAUUUCACUCGCUAUUAUAUCUAAAUUCAUAGUUAGGUAGGACACACUCUGUUAACCAAUCAAUCGAUUACUCUUUCUCUCUCUUUAGUUAAUUAUUUAAAUGUUAACGAUAGCAAACCUUGUUUUGUCGUGCAGAUAAUAAAUAAAAUUGUUGCCCGAAUCUAUAAGAAUAUCUA